AGUCAUCUACACUUACCUUACCUUAUUUUCACGAACAGGCAACCAGACCUCCGCCCGGUAAUAUUUAGAAAAUUUAGGUAGAAUAUAAUAUACAUGUGUGCAUUAGGAGGGCAUUUAAGUACUACAAUUAAUGCUUUAGAUUUUUGUUUUCGUUAUAAUACGUCUUAACUCUGAUUAUGUUUUCCUCGUUAGACACGUAGAAUUCUCUUAAAGUAGACCGGAGAGAGAUUUCCAAAGAAAACAAAUUAAAACAAAACUAAAGCAAUAAUCUUUAAUGCUAACCCUGCAAACAAAAAUCAGUCAUUAAGGCUGGCUGUGAACUUCCUUCCCAUUUAAGCAAUAAACAAACCGGAACGGAAACAACCGCUCGCCAUUCUAAACAAAUACAACAUACUCUGAGCGAGAACGAAAUGCUACUGCCGGAAGUGUGGCAAAGUCAAGCAUGGAAAAGCUUGGGGAAACCGGAAGAGAGGCAAGACCAAAUACGGAAGUAUCUGUAACCAUUGAAAACAUCAUAGAGUUGAAGCUGAAAACACUAUAGUGUAGUUCACGUGUGUGAAGGGUCAAAUAUGUCGGCUUCCUUGCUAAGGAAGGGUUUGGAGUUGCUGGAGGCAUCGACAGCGUCUGCCUCCCAGCCCAAAGGAAUGGCGACUACCACCACCCAGCCCAAGAAGCAGUUGCUGACAAGGAAGAAAAAAAAGAUUCUCUCAAGACGCAAAAGAGAUAAAGCUACAGUCAAAGGCAAAGUCACUAAAUCUGUAUUAGAGGAGUAUCAGAAACUCCAGGCUACAGACCAUUUUCAGGAAAACCUGCAGUACAUGAUGAAUAGUCAGUUUGUGACAGAAGGUGCCAUCACUCAGAAGGUUCUGGCCCAAAAUAGAGGCAGAAAAGCUAGAGACAACACAGAGGAAGAGGCGAAGAAGAAGCCUGAAGGCACAGUCUUUACUGAUGAAGAUUUCCAGAAAUUUGAGAAGGAAUACUUUGCUGGAGCAGUCAGCCCAAACUGACUUGUCUCUUGUUGCAUGAGAGAAGUCAUCAAAGAUAGCAGUGCUUGGUUUCGUUCAGUGGUUUGGGAGCCACAUUUCUUGCAGCAUCUCUCCCUGUGACUUGCUUUGUCCUAUGUUCAGGUGUCAUUAUCUGUACUUGUGCUAAAGACCUCACAUCUACUGUUCACCCAGAAAACAAAUUUACGUAUUUUAUAAUACUUUCUGUGUAAGAAAGAAUUCCUGGCUUUAGCCAAAUGAAGUAACUUUUCCCACUG